AUGUCUUCAAAUUCCAGUCAAUCCGAUGAAAAAUGCCUAAAAUGUAUUUUUGUCGGAAAUGCGGCUGUGGGGAAAACUUCAAUGAUUGUUUCAUAUACAACUAAUGGAUAUCCACAUAAUUAUAUUCCAACGGCUUUUGACAAUUUUUCAGGUGAUUUUUCCGGGCUUUUCUGGGCUUUUUGGGCUUUUUUUAGUGUUCGGGAAGCUGUUUUUUGAGAUUUUUAGCCCUAAAAAUUUACAGUAGUCGUUUUGGUGGACAAAAAACCGAUCAGAUUACAAUUGCAUGACACUGCUGGACAGGUUAGUUCAAAUAUCUCUUUUCGUCUCGAAAAUCGUGGAUUUUUGCGCGGAAAUUCGAAAUCUACGUGAAAAAUUGAGCGGGAAAGUUUUUUCAAUAUUUUCCAUACGAACUUUUGUAGUUCUCGCGGACAAGUGAUUUUUUUCCAUACUAAAAAUUUUCCAUACCAAAAUUUUCGUUUGGAAAAUAUCGCUUGUCCUCGAGAACUACAAUUUUUGCUGUUUUCAUAUUUUCGCGCCUAAAAGAACUACAGUACACUCUCUACAGUACCCCUACAGUACUCACUAAUAUUACUUGUAAUCCUUGCAACUGGUCCCACAACUUUCAUUGGUCCUUUAGCAGUCUCCUCCAAUAAUUGACGAAUUGAAGUGAUGUUUCCCAAUUUUUGAAAGGUAUACGGUAGCGAUUGUACUGUAGUUGUUUGUAGUUUGAACUCGGGCGGUGUGUUGGCGCGAUAACGAGAAUUUUGAAAUCUGACUGGAAGACGGCGCAACAUCAGCUCUCGCCAUUCCUGAGUACCGUACCUUCAAUCAAAAAAUUAGAGGUACUGUAGAGAAGGGUACUGUAGGGGGUACUGUACCUACCUUUGAGUAUCUACUAUGAAAAAUAUUGAGAAAAACAUGAAAAAUACGGGGUUUUGAGACAUUUUCACCAGGAAAUCAGGAUUUUUCGCUCGAAAUUCGGAUAUUUAUAUACCAGGCAAAAUCAAACAAACAUUUUUUGACACAUUUUUUGGUCAGAAAUUCGGGGUCAGACAGGAAAAACAAUGGAUUUGAUUAAAAAUAGCAAAAUUGCCGGAUGUUUACCGGCAACAUAUUUUUCCACACAGAAAUUUGAAGUUCUCGAGGAGAAGCGCAGAAUUUUCCAUACCAAAAAUUUCGGCUGGAAAAUUUUUCGUAUGGAAAAUUCUGCGCUUCUCCUCGAGAACUACGAAUUUUGGUAUGGAAAAAAUUGUCAGCAAAAAAGUUCCCCGGCUCAUUUUUUCACGUAGAUUUCGAAUUUUGGGUCAAAAUUUCACGAAUUUUUCAAAUUUCAUAGUUUUCAGAGCUCUUUCGACACACUUCGCCCACUUUGUUAUACAGAUGCCGAUGUUUUUGUGAUAGUUUAUUCAGUGGUCAAUAUUCAGAGUUUUGAUGACGUCAUCGAUCAUUGGUAUCCAGAAGUGACAAGGAAAAAUAAUGGGGUUAAAAGUGAGUCCUACAGUACCUUCUUCUACAGUACCCCUGACCAAACAUGCCCUACAGUAAUCCUCGUCGGCACUCAAAUCGAUCAACGUUGGCAAAUGCGCUCCACCGAUACGGUUUCGACGCAACGCGGAAAACACGUGGCGCAACAAAUUGGCGCCGAAUUCUACGAGUGUUCCGCGUUGACGCAACACAAUUUGAAGGAGAUGUUCGAUAGUGCGAUUUUGGCCGGCCUGGAAUCGGCCCAAAAACGGGCCGCCACCGCGGCUAAUAAUCGAUCCAGAUUCUAUAAUAAAUCAACAAAAAUCAAAGAACGGGUGGCCAAAUUUAUCACAAGGACUAGGAAUUUGAUCUAG